AUGAAGUUCUUCGCCACCCUCGUUGUCGCUAUGGCUAGCGUCGCCAUUGCCAAGGACGCCAACAACACCGAUGGCACCUCGACCAAGUCCCAGUGCAAGCAGGUGUCCAAGCUUACCAAGCUCAUGGACAUUGCAAACAACUCCACUAAGCUCGACAAGGUCACCAAGGGCAACGCAACCCGUGCCGCGGAUAUUCAGGCCAAGGCAUCUGAGGCGGCAACCAAGUUGACCACGCUCCAGAGCAAUGCUACCCUCAUGACUGCCUGCGACCAGAUCUUCGCUGUUCAGGACACCGAGGAUGCUUGUGAGAAGAUGGUGGGUCUUGAGAAGCUCACGGCUAUCGUCAACAACCAGACGGCAUUGGAUGCGAUGACCAAGGGCAACACCACAAAGGCCGACAAGAUCAAGGCCAAGGUGCAAGAGAAGGCUGCAGACCUUACCGCCAUGCAGAGCAACACCACCCUGACGAGCUUCUGUGCUGGCUUCAGCGACAAGCAAUCCUGCAAGGCCAUGGCCAAGGUUGCCAAGGAGCAGGCGCUUGCUGCCAACACCACUGCCCUUAACGACAAGUUCAACGGUGACGCGGACAAGAUCUCUAAGUUCCAGGCUAAGCUCACCAGCAAGGCUGACAAGAUCAACGCUCUGAUGAGCAACACCACCCUCAUGGACACCUGCAACAGCCUCGGAAUCACAACCGCUGCCACUACCGGCGCUUCCACUUCGUCAGGCUCCUCCACCGACAGCAAGAAGAGCGCGGCUGUCAGCGUCAACGCUCUGGGCGCCGGACAUGUCCUGGCCCUCGUCUCUGUCUUUGCCUACGCUGUCGCCAUGCUCUAG